AUAAAAAAGCUUCGAUCUUUAGGAUUUGAGACGACGAUCUCUGAAGCCAUUAAUCUGCUAUUGCUAUUCGCUGCGUUUUGUGGGUUUAGGGUUUUGAGUUUCCAAGUUUCAGCGUUACAAAAAAGCCAUGGAAGUUUCCGGCGUCGUUUCCCGGCAAGUACCUUGCUUUUCCGGCGCUGGAAUCGAUACCACUCGGUCUUCUACGGCGUCGUUUCAUGGAGAGUUUCGGGUUCAGGGUCGUAAAGAUUUUGGAGUGUCUUUGAGAACUAGCAGGUUUCGUGGGCAAUCGAAUUAUGGAUUUUGUGAUGACGGGCAUGUGCAGUAUUAUCACGUGGGUCCCAGAUGUGGUUGUAAGAAGGAGAAGGAGAUCAAGAAGAAGCUGAAGUUGCUCAAAGGGUUGUCCAAGGACUUGUCCGCGUCUUCUCAGAUGGGUUUUGGACCGUUAGAUUCUCAGGAGGGUUUAGUCGCUCAAUUUCAGGGGAAGCUGAUCUCGGAAGGUGCAGAGGCAUUAUUACUAAAACAAUUGGAGCAGCUAAGAGCAGAGGAGAAGGAAUUAAAGAGAAAGAGGAAAGAAGAGAAGGCCAUGCUUAAAGCUGAACGGAUGAAAAACAUGGUUAACAGUGAAUCAUCUUCUUCAUCAUCAUCUGAAUCAAGUGAAAGUGAAUGUGGGGAGUUGGUUGACAUGAACCGCCUGAGAAGCGAAGCCCCUGCGAAACCAAUACUAGACAGUUUGCAGCCAUUUAAUCAUCAAGAAGGGGCGGUGUUGACCCUACCGAGUUCAUUAGCCAUAGCCACCCACCAAGAGAACACCACAGUAGAAAAUGUCACUGAAUUUAGCAUUUCACAGAAUCAGGAAGCAGAAUGCCGCUCAGGAACUAGUUCAAGUUGUGUCAGCAGUAGUGGUAGUAUUGGCCAUAAUGAUGCUCUUAGUAGCUCAGUUAUGGGAGCAGCAUCUGCCCUGAAGAUUGAGGUGUGCAUGGGCAACAAGUGCAAGAAAUCAGGAGGUGGCGCAUUGCUGGAAGAGUUUGAGAGGGUGAUGGGUGUUGAAGGAACUGUUGUUGGGUGCAAGUGUAUGGGAAAAUGCAAAAAUGGUCCUAACAUUAGGGUUUCGAACACCGUAGGUGGGAUUCAAUCCGAAGGAACAGAUGAUUCGGUCAGGAUUCCAACCAAUCCUUUAUACAUUGGAGUUGGCCUGGAAGAUGUGAGCCUCAUUGUAGCUAAUUUAAUUGGGGAAGACAAUAAGGAUUUGGGGCUUGUUCCUGCAGCUUAGAUCAGCUUUUUGUUGAUCUCCAAAUGAAGGGAUCUGACAUUGAAUUGGUUUGAAUUUGGUGUAGCAUUGUAUGUCUUAUGACUUAAGUUUGUAUUGGCAUGCCUAUAAAGUCCUAGUUUUUUAAACUAGCAUAAAUGUAAAUACAUAUUAUACUUUGUCAUCA